GAAGAAAGGAAAAGAUGUUCCAUUGCCCAAGUUCACAAGACAGAACCAGAAUGAUAUUGUUCCAGAUAAAAGAUUGAUUCCUCCACCCCAAAGUACUACCCAAGAACUUUCAAUAGCAGACAGGCCACCUGUCCAAGGAAGUGCACUACUACCAAUGCAAACAGCUGCUGGUCAGCUGCCUCCCCCACCCGCCAACAAAAAGUCACACAGUCGCAACCUCUCUGGCCAGUACCGCACUGUUGACCAACAGGGACAGAUAAAUUCCAGAGACGAUUCUCCACAUAAUGCAAGAUCUCCGCCUUUCUCCCCAAAACAAUCUCCGCCCUCCUCUCCACCAGUCAUACCCCCUACCCAGAAUGCAAUGCAGCCAAUCCCAACAGCUUCCACCAUUCCAGAGGUUGUCCCGGUGACAGCCAAUCAGAACUCGUUUCCAGUCAACACUCCGACAGUGAUUCCUAGUGGGGCCCAGGCCACGAUUCAAACAGGACCCAGUGGGGGACCCAGUGGAGGACCCAGUGGGGGACCCAGUGGAGGGGCCCCAGCGGGUUAUGUUGCUAACUCAAUGAAUUCCACACACGAGGCUGGAUGGGCGUCGUUCGAGGAUGAUGGUAGUGAAUGUCAUGGUUUACUGGGUACUGGUCCCAAGAAAACUUACAACCUAGAAGCGCCUGGGUUCGAUUCCUCCUCGAUAAGCUCUGACCCGGAGAGUGUAGACGAUAUCUGGAGCAUUAAUGAAGAACAAAGAGAUUAUUAUGUCAAACAAUUCCAAAUCAUGCAACCUGACCUUGGUGGUGCAAUAUUAGGUGGUGUUGCUAAAGACUUCUUCGAAAAGUCAAAACUACCAGUACAUGAAUUAUCAAAGAUCUGGCAAUUGUCUGAUUUGAAUCGUGAUGGUGCGUUAUCGUUAGAAGAAUUCUGUAUAGCUAUGCAUUUGGUGGUGUUACGGAGAAAUGAGAUAGAACUGCCAGAUCGACUUCCUUUUUCUCUCAUGCCAUACUCUGCUUUUACCAACGAGGAACCAUUUGCUGUGGACCUGCCACCAGGCAGCACACUUAAGAGGACGACGCCCCCCUCGUCUCCACCAGCCCAGCAGAGUGGGGGUGCCCAUUGGGCCCAGUCCCUGAUCCAGGAGUCCCCCCAGACCUCCAGUGAGAUGUCCUCUCCAAGCAUCAAACCGGCCAACUUUGAGUUCUCCAAACCGGUACCCUCAGACUCUGAAGCCAAAAUUGUGCACCCGGUAGCAGUGAGGAUGUCCCCGGAGAGUCAGCGGUACCCACCCGAGGGGGUGGAAAGGGAGCCAGCCCCACUUGUUGACACCUCACUUCCUGACCAAUCCGAAUCCUUGCAGACAGAUCCUAACAUGUCCACCGCUGCCACUACUAGCGCCACUGUUACUGUGACAACCAAACAGCGGUCCAACACCGAGACUAGUUGUACUGCUGAAGUACCUACUACCGUCCAACAAAACGACACUGGUACUGUCAGCAAAGCGGUGCCUGCUGGUCAGGGGCCCAUAACUCUUGUCAGUAGGCCUCGGCCAGUGCCAAAGAAAGCCAAUCCAGUACCAGGAGGUGUUGGCGGUCUCCUUAUACCUGUACCAGUGUCUAGUCAACCGGGGACCGGGGAAGGGGCAGCGGAUCGUCCUCCAUUGUCAUCAACACACAGUCUAGACAAUGUUGUUAACCAAGAACCACCUCGUCCUCCUCCGCGGCCCGGGGCUCAGCCUCACGGUCGCAGUCUGUCUGUGGAUCUCAUAGCUAUAGGUCUUUCAACACCACCAGCUGUUCCUCCUAGAACCUCUCCUAAAGAUAGUCCGGCCUAUCGGCGGUCAGCUGAUGGGGCAAUAAUAGCGUCGGAUAAAAAAUUGAAGUUUCCAGAAUUUAAAAAAUUUGAGUCAAUUCCUUCACAAGAAGUUUUAGUCCUACCUGAUGUAGAUUCUGUUGAUGGCUCCAAGUCUGCGGAGGACUCGGAAAAAACACGCAGAAACCUUUCCCAGGAUUACACGAAACUGGAACCCAAUAUAUCCCAGGGACCAGAGUCUGGAGAUAGUACAGCAUCAGCAGGUAGUGUAAAGGUUACCUCCCCUGGUGUGACCUUCGACCUUCCUACUGAAGAUGAGGCAGGAGGUGGAGAGAAACAGAGAGCACCUAUAUUUGCUAUGAGACAAGUCAGUCGUGAUAAGAAGGACCUACAGAUGGCAUUACGCACCCACAAAGAGAGAAACACGAUGUUGGAGCGCCUCAACAGCGAGCUUAACCAGGAGCUUCAGGAAGUAAUGGAGCAACGUAUAGCACUAGAGAUACAACUGGAGCACCUCAAGCCCUUCACCAGCUAACACAGGGCCGGCACGUUUCUCCAUCUAAUAGAUCUUCAAUAUUUCUCAACACAAUUACACAGUGCUAAAUAAAUAUCAACUUUUCAGUCAAACUGUUCGCAAUAUGGCACAGCCUAUAUUUUCAGAGUCGCUGAGAUCAAACUCCAUGGUCGGAUUACUCCUGUUGGAUGUACAGAUCCUGAUGACUUCCACAAUAACAGUUACUGUGAUUUAAGCAUGUGUAUACAGUUGGAAGGAACAUUCACGGCCGACAGUAGAUUAUCUCACUGUCCUAUGUAUCCAGCUGUGUGAUUGGAGCAGACUUACCUGCCAUAGGUAGUGUUUGGGAUUUCUGAUUUAUCAUCCUAUAAGCCCAUGCAUGGUCAACACAUCAUCUUUGACUUAAAGUAAGGGUAUGGGCUUUUAUAGGGCAAUGAUAUAGUGUUAGAAAUUCUCCUGAACUGCAAUAGACAUAAGUGGGCUUAUUACCAGGCAUGGGCUUAUUGGCAGUUAAAUGAAGUAGUCACCGGAGACUGGAAUUUUACUUCCCUAUAUCCAGCUGUGGAAUUUAAACAUUCUUCAGCCCAGAACCUCCUUUAGAACUCUCCAGUGAACUAUUUGAUGGGAUGUUUUGUGUGGGUUGACAGUUGCUGCUGUACAUGUAUGUGUAAGAUAUAAGUGAUCUAAACAAGACUCUUAUGUCCGUGGUUAGAGCCCUACUUGGGGAGUAGAUCUGAUAGAUUACAUCAUUCACUAGGAUGACCCAUGUUUUCUUCAGUCAUUUUAAACAAGACCUGCAAGAUAAAAAAAAUCAUGUUACAUAAGCAACCAAUUACAUUCGUGUCAUCUGUGAGCAUCGACAGGAGUUAUAACUGAACAACUUCUUCAUAUUCAUACGACAGGAGAUGUUUUCAAUACAUAGCUGUGUCAAAUUAUCCAGCAAUAUUAUCCAGGUAGAAUAAGGUGUAGUGACUACCUCCAGAUUGGUUGGAGAAUGUGGCUAUGAAUAGUGUCAAGGGGACACAACUCUAUCGUUCUUGUCAUAGGCCAAGCGUCUAUUAACAGUAAAGUGGGAAUCAGUAAAGCCAUUGAUUGCCACAAUACCAGCUCAGAUCUGUUUAAGGAAGGGGAGAUAACUGUGAUUCUAAUUCGCCAAAGUGAUAAUAUUAUAUGUCUUUUUAUAAUUUAGUGAUGUGUACAGCAAGUAAAACUGUUAAUUAGUGAUAAAUAUCUUUUUAGUAAUUUUAAUGAAAUAGUAGAAUUAUAAAGAUGCAAUGGUUGCUGUAAAAGAUUCGACAGAAAAAUGUAUACUUUUAAAGGGCAUUAUUGAAUAGCGAAGUAGGUGAUACAGAUAGAGAGUUGUCCCUGUACACAGUUGCAAAUUGGUACAAUUUUAAAUGUACAUUUUCUGGGAUAUUUUUUGGCAGUUAUGGUUGAAGCUUAUAAUUAAUGAGUGAGAAAAUAUGAAAAGAAUAUUUGACGCAAUGGCGACAAAAUUAUGGACAGGCUGAAUGAAUUGAUAGAAGCUUUUAUUACGCAUGCUGAUAGUUAGUGAUAACUAAAUUAAUAUAUACAUUUUUUUUAAUUUUUAAGAUGUCUUUCCUAGGAAUACAAAAUUGAGGUCUAUUCUAUAUUGUGAUGGGAUGUCUACCCACAAGUGAUAUUACUAUCAAACAAGGACAAAGACCAACUACCAACAUGUUUGUAAUAAGCCCCAAGUAACCUAAAACCUAUAACAGAGAUUAUACAGAGUAUAUCAUAUUGUACUGAAACUAUUGACACCUAAACACUGGCUUAAAGGCUACAGUAUAUGGAGUAUAGCACAGUCUAAUGAACCCAGGAGACUCAACAACAUGGACAGUUAUCUUAAGUAUAGCACAAUUCUUAUGAAGCCCAGAAGACCUAAGAUAUAACUUAAAGGCAAAAUUUGAUGUAAUAGAGUUUGAUGUUAAAGAAAGUAACCAUACUAUAUUCCUCUCCAGGACACCAAUAGGACUUUGUUAUAAAGCUUUGAGCAGCUGUACUGCUUACCAAUAUUGUACUCUAUGAUGUUGGUGACCUGAACGAUACUGAUUGUUAGUAAUAUUUAUCUCAUAUAGUAAGAGAGGUCAUUCCUAUAUUCUAUUUGUAAGCAGCAUUUUAUGGUACAAUAUGUUGACUUCCUUUAGAAAUUCAAGAUUCAAGAAGCUUUAUUUAACGUCGCAUAUACAUGUAACAUAAUAACAUUAGCACUGUAGUGAAAUUAAUGAAAACCUGGUUGGAAAUCUUCAUUAACUGCCAGAGUUAGCUAUAAAAUUUAUUUAUUUGACUUAAAACUCAACUAUUAAGAUUCUUUUCUGAUUUACUAUCACAUGAUAUAAUAUGGUUUUGUAGUAUCAGAUAUAAAUAUACUGCCCAAGUUUACAGCCUGGAGUUAUAACAAUGAAGGAUUGAGGAGUAGCUAUGUAACACACAAUAUAUACUGCCCAAUCUAGUUCACUUACAGCUAGCUAAUCAGAUUUCCUAUCCGCUGAUAUUUUCAUAUUAUAUGCAUAAUUUAGCUUGAUUAUAAUUGCCAUGAUAAUAACUUUUAAUAACAGGACAUUUGCAAUAUAUUCACUGUAACAUGCUGGCCUGCUUAAUUUUAAAGUUUUCUUUGCGUGAGAAGUUCCAGGUCAUCAUCUGAUGCUGAUUACAAAAUCUAAUUAUACUUCAUGUCAUCCUCAUGUUUAUUCCCAAAAAAAAGCAUCAAUUGUAAUCAUUAUCGGUAUCAUCUGGCCAAGCUAAUGAACUUUGUCUUUCAAAACAACAUCAUAUCAUAUAGAAGGUUUAUACUGUCAUAGCCUUGGUGCUGGGGUCCUCAUGUCCCAGUCGAAUCCUGAAGGCUGGGGUCCACGCGACCCAGUCAUAUCUUUAGGGCUCAUGUCUUAUGUCCCAGUCAUGUCCUCGCAACCCAGUCAAAGUCUAGUGCUUGUGUCCUGGUGUCCUCGCGACCCUGUCAAAGCUUGCGCCUGGUGUCCUUACGACCCAGUCAAAGCCUGGGGGCUGGUGUCCUUACGACCCAGUCAAAGUCUAGUGCUUGUGUCCUGGUGUCCUCUCGACCCUGUCAAAGCUUGGGGCUGGUGUCCCGGUGUCCUCGCGACCCUGUCAAAGCUUGGGGCUGGUGUCCCGGUGUCCUCGUGUCUUUGUGAACCAGUCAGUAUAUUGUGUUACUGUGACAUAAUCUCUGUUACAAUGGUGAAUGUUCCACACUCUGUAGAAUAUGUAAAAACGUUUAAUGAAACUGAUGACGCACUGUGGUAAUCCUAAAAUAUUCAGAGUUUUCUAAGCACAUUCUGAAUUGUCUGUUAAACCUUAGCUUAUCUUACCACAUGUGUUCAUAUCACAAGUUUAAAUAUUCACAUUUUUGAAAAUAUUUGUUUGGACUGAAGGAAGGUUGGAUUUGGGUUUCCUGUUACAUCUGAUGUAAUGUCAAUGGCUACCUUAUACUGAGUUAUUCUACCCCACACUCCUACAUGAUCUUGUUGAGAGAGAUCCACGCUGGAGUUAAACUUUUGUAAGUUUAAUAUAAAGCAUGAAUUAUACGAUUAUCAAAUCCUUUUUAAAACCAAGCAGUCAUUUUCGUUUUCAUUAGCUGGAUUAGUUUGACUUCAGGCUUAUUAAACAUUAUUGAUAUAGAUAAACAUUAUUGAUAUAGGUAAACAUUAUUGAUAUAGGUAAAGAGGUUUUCAUCUUUAUAGACAAUUUAAACAUAAGUACCCAUGUAACCAUAUAAGUUAUCAUUAGCUGAGACAGGGAAACAAUAUUACAUCAACUACUAGCUGUUUGUCUUAAACAAUGAAGAUGUACACUAUGUACUGGUGUAGCUAGCAAUGAAGAUGUACAAUAUGUACUGGUGUAGCUAGCAAUGAAGAUGUACAAUAUGUACAGGUGUCGCUAGCAAUGAAGAUGUACAAUAUGUACUGGUGUAGCUAGCAAUGAAGAUGUACACUAUGUACAGGUGUAGCUAGCAAUGAAGAUGUACACUAUGUACUGGUGUAGCUGUGUCUGCCUGAUUCUAAAUGUCACAACAUACUCUAGCAUUUGUAGACUUAGAUCUGAGUGUUUACCCACUGUGUUUCUAUUGAGACCGACAUUAUUAUCCAUAUAACAUCAAAUAAUCACUAUACCAGCUCAUUUCUUCUUUUAAACUUGUAAAUAUUUACAAGCUUUCUAAUUGAAUUAUAAUAACUUCAUGAUAAAUAUUAUAAUGGCUGCUUUGGUGUGUUUGCUGGUAAAGGAAGUGUGUGGUUACUAUGGUGAUAGGAAGAAUGUGUGUGUGUGUGUGUGUGUGUGUGGUAACACACUUUCCUUCCUGUCAUUGGUGGAGAGGAGAUGUAAUUGUGCAAUGAGAAUUUAGCAUUUUAUGUUUUGUAUAUGUAUAUAUAUGUAGAUAGAGAGCUCCAGUGAUUUAAUGAAUCCUUUAUGCAUUAUAUAAGUGUUCCUGAUCAAGGUCAUGAUGCCAGAAGUUAAGUUGAUGUCAGUGUUGUAUUCAAGGUGUCUGUAACAUUGAUUUUAACAUUUCACUGUCAUGUUGACAACAAGGUCAAAUUGACAUCAAGGUCAGCGCAUUGCCAAUAUGACGGAGCUUGAUAUGUACACCUGCCUGCAUUCCUGCAUGUACCUUUAUCUGACUUUAAUUAGCAUGCCUAUGUAGCAGUCUGAUUCUAUAUAUUGCUAAGAUAAAUCUUUUACCUUGUAAAAGAAAAUUAUUAUCAAGUUCGAAAUUAUUUGAUGCAACAUAUGUACCUUGUAGAGUGUGUAUCUAACUUGUAGACUAUAUUUAUCUACUGUGUCACUUUUUAUCUACUACAUACUAUAAAUAGACUCAAACAAAACCUGCCUAUUGAGAUGUUUUUCAUUAAUCAGGUGUAGUAUUCAAUGAUCUCUAAACUAUAAUGUGUUGUGAACUAUUUAUUUCUCUGUUAGAGCCUGUAUUUAUUUUUCUGUUAAAGCCUGUAUUCAUUUUUCUGUUACAGCCUGUAUUUCUUUGGUACAGCCUGUAUUUCUUUGGUACAGCCUGUAUAUAUUUUUCUGUCACAGCCUGUAUAUAUUUCUCUGUAACAGCCUGUAUAUAUUUCUCUGUUACAGUCUGUAUUUAUUUCUCUGUUACAGCCUGUUUAUAUUUCUCUGUUACAGCCUGUAUUUAUUUCUCUGUUACAGCCUGUAUUUAUUUCUCUGUUACAACCUGUAUAUACAAAAUCAUUGCUGUCCUAUGACCAUAUGUAUCAUUCCUAAACAGACAUUAAAUCAAUAAUCCUAGUGUCCAGUAUCCUUCAGAGAGGUUUAUCACUAACACAGAAACUACGUUCUUAAGAUGGAUGAUUUUCUUCCAAAUGGAUGAUUUUUUCGGGGGAGUUUCACAAAAAAGUAAACCUAACGUAUUCCUCUAUUUAUGUAGCACAUAUUUAUAUGUUUGUGGAGUUCUUUAGCAUUAUCACAUAAUCUUUUUAUUGAUAGUGUGAUAAACACUUUUUUACUUUUAGUAAAAUGAAAUGACCUUUU